AUGGAGCUAAGCACAGCAUGGCGAAGUUGGACUCGCAACAAGUUUAACGACAUCCUUUUCAAUAUCUCACAUAAUAUCCGCCUUUUUUUCACGAGGCACGCGGCAUCAUCAAAUAAUUUAUUACAUAAAGAUUUUUUAACGAGAUUUAAUUUAACUUGGCUGCUGAAUUCUCAAAAUUUAAAUUCCGAAAAGUCGACAAACGUUUGCCAAACGGAACAUUGUAAAAAAAUAGCUCGAGACAUAUUGGAUAGCAUAGACGAGACCAUUGAUCCGUGCGAUGAUUUUUAUUCUUACACGUGUUCAAAUUGGAUAAAAAAUCAUCCGGUACCACCCACGGAAAGUCAUUGGAAUCAAUUUGAAAUAUUGGGACAACAAUUGGAUAAUCAAAUACGGGAUUUGCUGGAGGAAAACGAUGAAGAAAACGAUCCACAUAUCGUUAAAGUUGCUAAAAAUGUUUACAGUGCUUGCAUGGACGUCGAAAGAAUAGAAGAAAGAGGAAUGACGCCAUUGGUUAAUUUAUUACAAGAAUUGGGUAAUUGGCCGAUCGCAACGACAUAUUGGAACGAAAAAAAUUUCCAAUGGCAAAAAUUAAUUAGCGAAAUCGGUAGAAAACUCGCCGUCAACACCGUUCUAACCGUUUACGUUCACGUCGAUAAAAAAGACACUUCGAGAAAUAUAAUAAUGAUCGACGAACCGAGUUUAACGUUACCCAAAUACGUAUUAACAUCAUCGGAUACGGAUUACAUUCGUCCAUAUUUAACGUUCAUAUCGAAAUCCGCUCGUCUUGUUGCCAACGCGAGAGGUGAUCCAUUUUAUCUUUUUCAUUCUUUAUCACAAAGUUUUAACAUAAUCAAAUUCGAAAUCGAUUUGGCUAAUGUUAUGAGAAAAGAAGAAGAUAAAAGGAACAUGAACGUACUCUACGAUUUGGUCACGAUUAGUAAAUUACAAAAAUGGACGGAUAAAAAAUCACUUUAUCAUUCCCGAUCGAUAAUAGAUUGGAAAAAAUUAAUAAGUAAUUAUUUGGGAAUUGAUGAAGAGGCGUUAAAAGAUGACACACCCGUCGCCAUUACGAAUUGGGAUUAUUUAAAUCAAUUAAUGAGUCUUAUCGAUAAAACAUCACCGACGGUUUUGGCCAAUUAUGUGCUGUGGCGAGUCGUUUAUAAAAUGAGCAGAGAUUUAAACGAAGAAAUGACGGGUCUUAAUUUCGAAUUUAAAAAAGAAUUAUCUUCCAUAAGCGAAGAUUAUCCGAGAUGGUACGAUUGCGUAUUAACAUCCGGUUAUUUAUCAUUUGCUGUCGGGUACAUGUACGUGAAGAAACAUUUCGACGACGAAGCUAAAACUAAGGCCAUUGAAAUGGUCGAAGAUAUCAGGAGAGCUUUCAAAGAUGAAUUAUCAGAAGUUAAAUGGAUGGAUGAUAAAACAAAAAUUCAAGCUAUGGAAAAAGCAGACUACAUGAAUCAUUUCAUAGGUUAUCCCAACUGGUUCGAUAACGUGACGUUUUUAGAAGAAUAUUACCAAGGAGUCACAGUUGGAAAAAAUCAUUUCGAAAAUAAAGUUUCACUCCGUGAAUUUCGAAUGAAAAAACUUUCCGAUAGUUUAAACACGAAAACAAAUCGGGAAGAAUGGAUUGCGGGACCAGCCAUCGCCAACGCAUUUUACAAUCCUCAACUAAAUUCAAUCAUACUUCCGGCGGGUGUACUCCAGAGUCCAUUUUUUAAUAAAAAUCAACCAGAAUCUAUCAAUUACGGAAGUAUAGGAUCUGUCGUCGGUCACGAAAUCACUCACGGUUUUGAUGAUUUGGGUAGGCAAAGUGACAAAUUGGGAAAUAUAAAAGAAUGGUGGUCGAAAGAAACGGAAAAAACGUACGUGAAAAAUUCACUUUGUUUCGUUAAUCAAUAUGAAAAUUAUAGGAUACCGGAAUUGGAUGGAACGUUACAUACGGAAAUGACGGUGAAUGGAAUAUUAACGUUGGGUGAAAACAUAGCCGAUAAUGGCGGAUUGAAAGCCUCUCUAAGAGCUUAUUUGGAACGUGGAAAAAAUAAAAAUGAAUUUUUAUUACCUGGUUUGGAACAUUUAUCACCCGAACAACUUUUCUACAUCGGUUUUGCAAGAGUUUGGUGCGAAUCAUCCACCGAAGCUUCACUUUUAUCAGAAAUAUUAGGAGAUUCUCAUGCUCCUCACAGGCUGCGAGUUAUCGGUUCCCUUUCCAAUUCCGAACAUUUUGCAUCCACGUGGAAAUGUAAACCAGGUACAAAUAUGAAUCCUCAAAAAAAGUGUAAAUUGUGGUAG